UGAGUGCUACGGAGUGUGUGUGAGGAGGAGCGCCCAGUCCUCCCUGGAGCCCCGGUCUGUAUAUGACUAGCAACAGCCGAGGUUCACUCUCAGUAACCCACACACGGUCGUCAUGCACACACUUGCGUUCGUCCUCCAACUGGCGGCAGCAGCCCUGGCGGUUCCUUCAGUCCGCGUGCGGCCUCGCCUACCCGACCGGCUAGGGGUGGUAGGCGGGACGGACGCGACCCCCGGGGAGCUGCCGUACCAGAUCAGCCUCCAGGACCUCUCCUACGGGUUCGCUUACCACUUCUGCGGCGCCUCCAUCAAGUCUGAGCUGUGGCUGCUGACGGCGGCUCACUGCGUCGAUGAGAUCGACCUCGAUGCUCCUGACUACAUCCAGGCUGUUGCCGGAGACGUUAACCAGGUGAUCAACGAGGGAACAGAACAAGAGAUAGCCCUCGCUAAGAUUAUCAUCCACGAGGACUACGACGGCUUCACCAUCGUCAACGACAUAGCCCUUCUGCAGCUCUCAAGUCCUCUUGAACUGACCUCGUAUGUGAAGCCUAUCGCCUUGCCUCCCGCCGAGCACACCUCCACAGGGAUGUGCGUCGUGUCGGGCUUCGGCGCCACGACGGAAGGCGGAGAUCCCUCUGACACCCUGCAGAAGGUCUCUCUUCCAGUGUGGUCCGACAGCGAUUGCCAGUUUGCCUACGAAGGUGAGAUCGAGGAGGGCAUGUUCUGCGCCGGUCUGAAGGAAGGGGGCCACGACGCCUGUGGGGGUGACUCCGGCGGUCCCCUGGCGUGUGACGACCUGGAUACGAGGUACCUGGCUGGUAUCGUGUCCUGGGGGUUCGGGUGUGGGAGGCCAGACUUCCCAGGAGUGUACACUAAGGUCUCCCACUACAUCGACUGGAUCAACAGCAUCUCUUCGUGAGAGGAUCGCUACGACUAUAGAUCAACAGGUUAGGCUGUGCUUAAUAAUAUACAUUAUGAAUGACGUGUGUACAUUUAUUUUCAAAAAUAAAUCCUGAUUCUGUC